GCAACAGCAACAGCAACAGCCUGCUCUCAGUUUGUGUGUUGUUUUGUUUUUUUUUGUGAAAUGUUGAAGCCCUUGAUUUUAAGCACCAGAUACGUUCAUUAGUCGUCGCAAGACUUUUCGUGAUCGUAAACGCGUUUUUCGCCAACCUCUCUUGAUCUUGGCUAACGUGAGAUUCCAAAACCAGCAACAGCAGCAGCAGCAGCAGCUGCCAGCGGCAAAACAGUUAACAAAAAGCAAUCCUUAAAUCCAAUAUAAAUUUCAAUAAAAAUGUGCGAAAUACAAAAUAAAAUUCUAUAAAGCCACAAAGUGGCCCAAAACAAAAAAAAAGUGUUGUUCACGAGCUCUGGGCUGAUUUGUAAUUAAGAAGAAAAAAAAAUAUCAAGCUAAAAGUAAAAUCAUUGCGAAAAUUCUCAAGUAUGGAGUGCUUAAUGUGGGUUAGGGCCUAAACUAGCACAACAAAAACACACACACACACACACCCGCACAACAAAUAGACACAAAUUCACACAUGCCAGUUAGAAGACAACAACAACAACAACAGAGACGAAUGAGCAAAUUUAUGGCUGGUUGUUGUUACUCUGGGCCAAAUGGUACCACGGCCAGCAGUCGCUUAGGGAAAAAACUAACGGAAUAAUGCAACAUUAAGCAAAAUGCUGCUGGCCCUGCUAAAGCUAAAGCAAAGCCCAAACCAGCAACAACAACAACAACAACAGCAGCAACAACAACAACAACCUGCAACCAUCGUCGCCGCCUUCGUCGUCGUCGUCGUCGUCGUCGUCAUCGCAGUCACCGUUACCACGAAACGUAGCUGUAGUCGCUGUUGCCGUAUAAAAUGGAACCCUCAUAUGAUCACGAACAUCCACAUCAUCUGCUAACAAAUUACAAUGCUAAGAAAUAUCCUCAUGUGUCCCGAACGCCGGAAUAUAGCCACUCGACCGUGGGCAGCGAUUAUCCGGAGCAUGGUGUCUAUCUGUCCGACGGAAGAUUGCUGCACGACAGCCCCAGCGAUGGCAUCUACCAUGUGAGGCAGGGCAGCGAGCACUCCUCGCCCAGCUUACAUUCACCAGCCAUACAGAGCGCCGGCUACGACAAUGAGCACUCGAUGAACGAGGCGGCGCUCUCGGUGCACAGUCACAGCCACUCGCCGAUGGUGUCCAGUGCGUACAGUGUGGGCGGGAGCGCAUCCUCAUUGAUCAGCAGCAAUAUACCCCUGCUGGGCGGAGGCGGCAGCUCGGUGCUGAAUAAGUUCUUGUCGCAUCCGCAUGCCAGCAUGGUGGGGGCACAGGAUGAGUGCGGCGGUGCCUCGCAUUCGCCAAUUGAGCCGGCGUCCAUGUGGAGCUAUGAUUACAAGGGCGACAUAUGCGCGCCCAAUUGCGGCUAUCUGGACCGGCACAAGGCGAUGGCCAGCGAUUUGAAGUACAGACCAGGCGGUAACCAGUCAAAAAGUGCCAAAGAGUCGCGCAUCCGCCGGCCAAUGAACGCGUUCAUGGUGUGGGCUAAGAUCGAGCGCAAGAAGCUGGCCGACGAGAAUCCCGACCUGCAUAAUGCAGAUCUCAGCAAGAUGUUGGGCAAAAAGUGGCGCUCCUUGACGCCACAGGAUCGUCGACCGUAUGUGGAGGAGGCGGAGCGCCUGCGCGUCAUACACAUGACCGAGCAUCCGAACUACAAGUACCGGCCCAGGCGGCGAAAGCAAUCCAAACUGCGCACCCUGCAGCCGGGCAAGGAGCAGCAGCAAAGUGAGUUGGCCUCGCAAACAGGCGCAGCGGGGUCGUCCAAGACAACGCCCAAGCUAUCGACGCCGCCGCUGGCGACGGCCACAAGCGCCAGCUACAACACGCCCACCGACGACAGCCGCAACUCGACGCCCCAUAAUGUGGGCGGCCUGUACGAGCAGCCGCUAAAGCCCAGUUACUCGCCCAGCUCCGUGGACUGCUACAGCAAUGCGGACAGCACGGAGCAAAUUGAAUCUCUGGCUGCCAGCUGCAAUGAAUCCUCUCCAGUCGCAACAAAUACCAGCUACGACAGCUCACUGCUGUUAAAGAAGCUAACGAAGCCGCCGACGCCGUCAAGUCGUGCUAGCAAGCAGCGCAACGACAAGCACUCCAAGGCGGAAGAGAAGUCCAAGGCACAGCAGCAGCAGCAGCAAUCUUCGAGCCUGUAUGCCUCAUAUCCACUGACCAGCUCCGUGGCUGUGGUUGCAGCGCGCGGCAUGUAUGUGACGUGCAACAAUCGCGGACUGCUGGAUCAUGGGCACUCGGUGAAGGGCACCUUCUAUCCGCCAGUGUCCAGCGCGGAUGAUGAUGCCAGCUGCAACUCUAUGCGCGGCAGCAAUUCCCUGCAGCAGCAGCAACAGCAGCUGCAUUGCAACACCAGCUCCAGCAUUUGCCCAACCAGCUCCAGUGCAUCGAACGUGAUGGCUGGUGUCAGCGAGCAGCUGAGCAGCUACACGGUGGCCAUGGCUGAGAGCAACAACGCGAGCAGCCUGCGGCUGAGCAUGAACGAGCUGGGCGCCGUUUCCAAUGAUUAUCUGUCCGGCGUGAAUGCCAAUGCGUAUGGCAUGCAGUAUGAGGAUUUUCUGCGCUAUCAGACCAACGAGAUGGACUACGAUCAGCUCAAGGAGACAACGGACAAUGGUGCACAGAAGUGUGCCAAAUAUCCGGAUACCAAUCAGAACUAUGAUGAUUACGAGGCGGAGGCCUAUAACAAUGCCAUGUUGCUGGCGGCGCCAGCGCCGCCUAGUGGCACCAGCUACUACACCCAGUUGCCUUAUCCGCUGACCAGUAGCGCCUGCACGCCCAGCGGCCUAACCGCCUUUCCGCUGCAGCUAGCGGUGCCGUUCCAGCAGGCCUCAACGCCAGGUGGGGCAACUGCCUACGGGCAGCCCAUGCAAAGCAGCUAUCUGCACUAUGGCAGCUACUAUGAGGCCAAUGGAGCAGGAGCACAGCUGCUGCCACAGCAGACGCCAGCAGCGCCACCAGCCGCGCAGACAGGCACGGGUCCUGCAGCAAUGGCCAUGCAGCAUCAUGGACAUCCACACGCCCAUCAUCAUCAUCAUCACUUUGCGACCAAUGGUGCCGGCAGCUCUGCUCCGGGCAUGGUGGGUGUCGGUGUGGGCGUGGGCGUCGGCGAGAUGCUCUUCGAGCAGCAGCAGCAUCCGCAACAGCAACAGCAGCUCCAGCGCAAGGAUGAUGAGAUUAGCAAUAUCCUGGCGGGUGUGCGCAAAACCUGCUACAGCAAUUGACGGACGCAAUUGCAUCUGGUUUGCCGCCUGAGUUUUUAAUACUCGCGCGCAGCUCCUGAAGUUUGUUAUAUUUGAAUGUAGAGUUUAGCGCUUGGUUUACGGUACGCAUAAGUAUUGCCUCCCGCUCCCCCGUUCUUUAUAUAGUGUACGAUAUUUAGAGUUUUUCUAUUAUUAUUCAAUCAUAUGAAAUAUGUUAAACUUAAGUUAGUUUGCAUUGAAAUAAAAUCAAAUUCGCUAUGAACACGUACCGCGUUUUAAUUUCCGAACCUGUUGUAAAACUGUAAAUUUGACAGUCGCCAGGGCUGCCACAUGUGCGAC